UGUUAUGAAAUCUACUCACUCGAUUCAAGGUAAGAUCAGUUUUAUUUUUUGCGUUCAAUUGAACGGAUGUUCUCAUCGUAAUUUAAUAUAUAUUAGUAUAACUCUUCAAAGUUUAUAUUUACAUCGUUUUUCAACGAUAUGGACGGGUCUUCAUUGUACGAAGACACGCAGGAUAGUAUUACUAUGGAACCUGUUUCACCAAUGUUGGUAAGGAUAAGCAAAGAGUCCGUGAAAACAACAGGUAAAAAGAAAAGAUUGUCAAAAUCGGAAAAAUUGCAGUCCGAAUAUGACAAGAAGCUCCAAAGUAUGGAGGAGAGCUUUAAUGGCAAGUUGGACAAACUUUUUGGUUUGUUAGUCACCAACAAUCAGAAUAGAGAACAAUUGCUCAGAUCUGAUUGUGUGAAUGUUGGUAAUCUUCCGCCUGGGGAGAAUAGACCAUUAAAUUCACUUGAAAGAAAUAUUGGUAAUCUUCCAUCUGGGGAGAAUAGACCAUAUAUUUCACUAGAACCAAACUUGGACCAAAAUCUGGGGUCGCCAAGAGUUUCUAGAAACCAAGAUUUUGAUAAUAGAUCAGAAAUAUCCAUACAUGUACAACAAACUGAAAGGCAUGAUUUAGAUAUGAGAUCAGAAUAUGAUAGUGGGUCUGGAGGUAGUCCAGUUAGACAACCCGAUGAUGAUUGUAUUCUACAAAAUGACACUGUAAAUAAUAAUCGUAAAUGUGAACGAUUUAUUAAACAUGUUGUAAACUCAAAUGAAGGUUUUUCAUUAAAUGACAAUAUUGAGUCUGAUCAAGGACAGGCAGUCAAUAAGAAUGUUAACUUUUUAGCAAAAAUAUUUAAGGAAGAUAUUGCUAAAGAAAAAUCUAGUCUUGGAUUAGUAUUAGACCAGACACAGGUAGACAUUUUAGAAAGUUCUUGGCGUUCAAAACACCCAGAAAGAAUUUCUGCCUAUAAAGAGGAAUACAAGAGUGUUUUCCCUAUUCAUGAUAGUUCAGUUGAGUUUUUGCAAGUUCCAAAAUUAGAUGACUUACUUGAACCCAUGUUAAGACAGACACACGGUGAAAAAGCAGUUAAAUCUUGGGACAAUCACAGGCAACUGCAUACACAACCUCUAAGACAGAUAGAGAAAUUGGGUUUUCAAGGGCAACUCAGUGCAAGAAUGAACAUAAUUUCUGUUCUUUAUAUGCAACAAGCUCUAGGUUCACUUGUACAAACUCUUGAGAGUGAUGACUUCGAGAAAGAUAAAGUUUGUCAAACUGUAAAAGAUGUUUUUGCCAUGUCUACUAAAACACUUGACCAAGCAGGCCGUACAGGUGCCUUUUUACAUUUGGUCCGUAGGCAAGCUUCCGCUCAAGAUUCAGGGUUAACAGGCUUGAAAGAUAUGAGCAAUAAAUGCCAAUAUUUGCCACUCACAAAUGAUGGGGUAUUUGGUAAAGGUCUAGAAAUAGCGUUAGAAAAACGCAAAGAGCAAAAAGACCAACUCUCUGAUCUGUUACCAGAGUUCAACAGAAAGAGAAAACUUGAAAACUAUGCUCGUGAGAAGGGAAACAUUAAGGUUUCCAGAUCUAGUUCAUCAGGUGGGCAAAACAUUAAGAACAAUAAUUAUAAUGUGAAAUCAAAUUCUAAUGCAACUAGUACAUUUCCCAACUAUAGGAAACCUGCACAGAAUUUUCAGAAAGACAAGUCAGCAUCAGCACCUAGACAGAGUGGACAAGAUGCAAACAAGACCGGCUUCAAGUCUGGCUUCAAGUCUGGCAAGAGUGCUACACAGUCCUCAUGGGGUUCUUUUCGGAACCCCAAGGGAAGAGAUAGCUGACUCAGAAGAUGAUGACUAGUAGUAUCCUGUAAAUAGUUUGUUUGUUUUUUGGUGGAAGUUUUUAAUGUUUGACAGUAUUUUAAAAAGAACUGUUUUUGGUGUUUUCGGAGGAAUGUUUUUGAUUCAUAUCCAAGAAAUUUAUCCUCCACCUGCAAAGAACUGCUUGUUAAUCAGUGAGUAUUCUAUAUUUAUAAUAGUAACUCAUGGUAAGUAUAUUUAACCAAAUUCAUAUAAAAUGGUAAUUUUUGAAAUCUCAAGAAGAGAUUUUAUAUGAAUUUAUAGGGUUAAAUAUACUUACCAGGAACCACCGCCACCCCAAAUAAAUUUCUUUUUGGUGUAUAUUGGUUUGCCAAUUAAACGCCAAAUAAAACUGAUCUUACCUUGAAUCGAGUGAGUAGAUUUCAUAACAUACCGGAUGUUUAAAGAUCUCGGUCUCCUCGAUGUUUUUGCGAUUGGGAACAUACUAAAACGCGGAACGUAUUCUAUAUUUAUAAUAGUAACUCAUGGUA